GGAAGCGCUGGGCAGGCUGGGCGCGAGGCCGUCGGGCUGGCUCACGGAGCGCUCGGAGCAGCCCCCGGCCCCGGCGCGGCGCGGCGCGGCGCAGCGCAGCCCGGGCUGAUGUCGGGCGCGUGCGGGAUGCAGCCGUGCCACCAGGAGGCGCUGCGCAGGCACCGCGUGCCCCUGGCCAAGCAGCUGGUGCUGCAGGAGCUGCUGGAGCACUUGCUGGCGCGCGCCGUGCUCACGCCGGAGAUGAAGGAGGCCAUCCAGACCAAAGCUGGGAGCUUCAGCCAAAAUGUUGAAUUCCUCAGCCUUCUGCCCAAGAGGGGCCCCCAAGCCUUCUCAGCCUUCUGUGAAGCUCUGAGAGAAACCAGACAGGAACAUCUGGAAGAGAUGCUCUUAAAUGCCAUACAACACUCGAGCAACGGGUAUGUAAAGCGGGGCCAUGAUUAUGAUUCAAGUCUCCCAUUCCCGGUCUGUGAAUCCUACCACUUAUCAAAGAGACCACGCUGUAUUGAGCCAUUUGAACAUUCCCUUGAUAAUGGAGAUGGUCCCCCUUACCCUCAAGUGAGGGCCUGCACUCCAGAAUUUUAUCGGACUCAUCAGCGCUUGGCAUACAAGUUGACAUCAGACCCUCGGGGCCUAGCGCUUGUACUCAGCAAUGUGCAUUUCAAUGGUGAGAAGGACCUGGAGUUCCGUUCAGGUGGUGACGUUGACUGUGCUGCUCUGGAGAAGCUUUUUGAGUGCCUUGGGUAUAAGGUGACUGUUCAUCAUGAUCAAAGUGCACAGGAGAUGCAGGAGACAUUACAGAAAUUUUCUCAGAAGCCAACUCACCAGGAAGUGGAUUCCUGCAUUGUAGCCCUACUCUCGCAUGGUGUGGAGGGUGGGGUCUAUGGAAUUGAUGGCAAAUUACUGCAGUUGCAGGAAGUUUUCAGGCUUUUUGACAACGCGAACUGCCUGAACCUCCAGAAUAAGCCUAAAAUGUUCUUUAUUCAGGCCUGUCGGGGAGAUGAGACUGACCGGGGAGUGGAUCAAAGGGAUGGGAAAGAACGCUCUGAUUCUCCAGGCUAUGAGGAAAGUGAUGCAAACAAGGAAGAGAAUCCCCGGUUGCGUUUGCCCACGUGCUCUGACAUGAUUUGCGGAUAUGCCUGUUUAAAAGGCACAGCUGCCAUGCGGAACACCAAGCGUGGGUCAUGGUAUAUUGAGGCUCUCACCUCUGUAUUUGCUGAGGAUUCCCAUAAUACUCACGUGGCUGACAUGCUGGUGAAGGUGAAUAGAAUGAUUAAGCACCGAGAAGGUUAUGCCCCAGGCACAGAAUUUCAUCGCUGUAAGGAGAUGUCUGAGUACUGUAGCACACUCUGCCGGGAUCUUUACCUGUUUCCAGGCUAUCUCCCUGGGAAUUAAUCUUGCUGUUCUUCAGAGGGUUGUACUGCCAAAGUUGCUUCACAGGGACGGAUGGCCACAUCAUGUUAUUGUUAGUCAUGACCUGUGCUGUAGGUGCCCAAACAAGAAGUGUCCCUUUCUAGCUUGUUAGGAGAGUUCUCUGGUUAGGGUGUUCUGGAACAGGCUAUUCAUGUACAUUUUGAAAAAGUUGUGUCUGUUUGUUUUUAAUUUUUUACAAUACUGUGUAUUUUUUAUGCCUUUUUAAAAAUGAAAAUGUCCUUUUGCCCAGUUUUCCAUGCAGCAGAAUCAGAAGCUAUAAAGGAUACUGAAGGAUCCCCAUCUCCUUUUUAGUGGGAGAAAAGGUCUCCCAGCUUAAUGAAGUCACCGUUGUAAAUCCAUGGUGAAGAUUUUGUUUCUAUAGUCACCCAGUUUUAGCUUGCAUCUUCUCUGUUAAAAAUGUGUCUCUGAUAACUUGUGUCAAUUUAUUUGUCUGUAGCCAGAAGGGAAUUAUGCACCAAAACUCAGGUUAUCAGGAAAAAAAAUUUUGAUGAGGACUUUAAAUAUGAAGGUGGUAGUCUUUGAAAUCUAUUUCAGAAGCAGCUUUUUGAUGAGGAGCUCUAGCCUCUCUUCCCUUCUUAGUCCGAGAUAUGAACUAGUGCAGAGGUAGGCAAAAUGCAGCCCAUGGGCCACAUGCGGCCCGCCAGGCCAUUGUGUCCAGCCCGCGGGGCCCCUAAAAAAUUUUAAAAAUGUAAUAUUUAUCUCCCCCAUGCAGCCCCCGAUGGCUUGCCACAACUCAGUAAGUGGCCUUCCACCCAAAAUAAUUGCUCGCCCCUGAGCUAGUGUAUGGGGAGAACAGCUUUGCUACAUUUGGUUAUAACAGGUGAUUUAUUUCUUGUGGCUUUUUUGACCAUUCAACCACUUGACUAGGAUUUCUGAGGAGUCUCUAAAUUGUGCCAUACUGAUAGAUUCCUCAGCAUAUAUUAAAACAUGUAAUUUUUUUCUUUGUAAAGAAAGAGCUGCCCUCAUCAUCUAAACUAAGCCACCGCCUGGGUUAUUUUGUCACAUGGGAUUUUCAUCUCUUCUAAAUUAAAAAGGACAACAUUUCAGAACCAGGGCUAUCUUUUCUAAAUGAGCUUUGCUCUUUCGUUUGAGGCAUCUUGGGUUAUUUACUUUAAUUGUUAAAAUAACUGCCAAGUGUCACCACAGCUGGCUAGCUGGAGAGACAGUGGCCUAAUCCAGUGUUUCCCAACCAGUGUGCCAUGGCACAAAAGGUGUGCUGAGGAAUUUUCCCAUGGCGAUGAGCUACAAUAGGUAUAAGGAUGGGGAAUGCCUUAACAGGUGUACCAUGGAAAAUUGUUAUUAAUGUAAGUGUGCCUUGGGCUGGAAAGGGUUGGGAAACAUUGGCCUAAUCUGCCACUGCUUGGAAACUAUCUAUGCAUUCUCUUCUUAAGUACUGUAAUUUUUGCCCUUCAUUAUCUUCCACUUCAGAAGAUGUCCUGGGGUGUGACAGUGUAGAUAAAAGGCCGUUUUACACCCUUUGGGUGCCUGUAAACAUGUGGGACGCCUGCUCUGAUGCACUGUAAUUACAGCGUGUCAGAUCAGACUUGAUUAAUUGAGCCUGCUGGAGCACGCUAAUUAACAUGCUUCGGCAGCCUUGGUGCCUCGUAUUCAGUGUCUCUGUGCUUCAGAAUGGUGGUGGGAGCACUUCAAUUAAAGCUUGUUGAACGAGCUUUAAUUGAAAUGCACCUGCCAUCAUUUUAAAGCACAGGGACACUGAAUACAUGAGCCACCAAGCCUGCUGAAACAUGCUAACAAGUUUUAACUAAAGUGCCCUGCCACCAUUUUGAAGCACAGGAUGCUGAAUACACGAGACUGCGGGCACUUUUAAUUAGAGCGGCUCCCAAGAGGCACUCUAAUUAAAGCACCUCCCCACAACCACCCUCUACCCCCUCCCCCGGAGCAUGUGUAAAGAUGCUUGCCCUGUACUUCAGGGCAAACCCCAACACAGAAGUGCUGGAUUAGGGUCUGUAUACCUGAGUCUGUAUCUUCUGCACUCCACAGCAACUUGUUAGAUGCCUUUCAGCUUGUGUUCACAUUUGUCCAGGAACUUAAAAAAAAAAGUUACUCUAUAUUUAUUUGUAUUCUUUUAAAGUGUAGGUGGACACACAAAGUGUGAAGAGGCAGCUAUAUCUGGAGGCUUCCUUCCUCCUUACUCUGCCUAGCAAGUAUGGAAACUACUCUUUCAUCUCAGAGGGAUUCGGCAUGCAUCUUAUUUACCUUGAAACAGCUG